GACACAGGUGCACGAUUUGGUAGUGCAAAGGCUAUAAAAGCGGGAGCGGCCGAGAUUCGGCAGCACUCGGCCGGAACGGAAGGAUGUGGGGGCUGCUGACACUCGCAGCCUGCGCGGCGGCGGCGGCAUCCGCUGUCGUCCUUAGCGAUGUGCCGACGACUGAGUGCGGCAUCAACGAACAGUACAGCUCGUGCGUGAACGGCGGCUGCGGCUACAGGAACUGCAGCCAGCUCGGCCGUCCCCGGCGCUGCGCCGACCCCGCGCCCGGCCACUGCGUCGGCGGCUGCGUGUGUGCGGCGGGCCUCCUGCGGGCAGCCAACGGCUCGUGCGUGCCGCAGGACCAGUGCGAAGCUUCCGAGAGGUGUGAGCAGCCGAACGAGGUGUUCGACCCGUGCCCGGCGGCGUGCCCCGGCGACAGCUGCGGCGUGGAGCCGAGCCUCGUGCUGUGCGCGCGCGCGCCCGAGCGCGGGGACCCGCGCUGCGUGCCCGCCUGCACGUGCCGCGCCGGCUACGCCAGGAACGACCACAACGCGUGCAUCCCGAGAGACCAGUGCCCCCCCAAAAACUGACGCCCGAUGUCACCGAUGCCCCUUCUACGACACUUGCAUCGGCGGCAGCUCCGGCCGGUGUCGGAUCGGGUACCCACCGGGCCGGCCGCUGUCGGACCGGCUGCCGGUGCCGGUGCCGCCCGGGCUUCUACCGGAACUCCCACAACACAACGCAUGCGUGCCCGAAAGCGAAUGUCGCAGGGACUAAAUAACUAAUACAUGUUCGUUUCAAGUGCUUCGUUUUAUAUAAUAUUAUGGAUUUCUGAAAAUAAAUAAUACCUCUAUUCACAUA